AGAUAUUCAUGAGAUGUGAUGAGGAUGGUUAUUGCUACGAUUAUUGGCCAUAUAUGGGAAAACAUGAUUUUUUUUCAUGGAAAGUCACUAGGAGAAAGAGUCGUCAAACACUUGUGUAGACCAUUGAAAUACAAAGGCCAUCAUGUGUUCUUUGACAGGUUCUUUACAUCCAUUUCCUUGGUGCGAACCUUGCUUCAGAAUGGGAUUUUUAGUUGUGGGACAAUAAAGAGCGACUCAGAAGGAUUUCCGCCAGAGUUGAGAAAUCCAGAUUUAAGGAGAGGGGAGACAUUACAGAUGCAGCACGACCAAUUGCUUGCCACUGCUUGGAAAGAUAAGAAAACGGUACAUAUUUUGAGCACUAAUUGUAGUCCGUUUGGAGAUGGCCCAGUUGUCCGUCGAACUCGGGGUGGAAAUUUUGUUGAGGUUAUGUGUCCUCCACCAGUAUCUUCCUAUCAACGUUAUAUGAGUGGAGUCGACAGAUGCAUGCAACACCGCGCAAAGAAUCCUGUUGGCAGACCAUCCAAAAAAUACUGGAAGUUUUUCUUCAACUUUAUCAUAGAAGUUUGCCUUAUAAAUGCAUUUGAGAUUUUUUUCCAGAACACCUGGUAAGGAUCUUCCUGCCAAAACAAGGUUUGACCUGCUGGAUUUCAGGAUGGAGGUGGCUCAGCAACUUAUUGGAGGCUUCAGAGGAAUAAAGCGGGGCCAUCAUUUACAGGGUAUUCUUGACCCCCCUCAUGUUUUUUGCCAUCUGGAUCGCCUAAAGUCAACAUGCAAAUGGUGUACCAAACACAGAGAAAAGAAAAGAAAGGAGACAGUUUAUGGUUGUAAAGGGUGUAACAAACACUUGUGUAGUGAACGAUAUUUCAGGGAAUUUCAUUCUGAUGUUAAUCUCUAAGAUCAAUUUGUUACGUAAGUCACAUAAUCAUGCUUGGAAAAUUUGUAUGAGAUGUCACUUGCAGGAAUACAUAAA